AUGUACCCUGCUGAGAUUGCUAGUGUUCCAUACUUAUCUCCUGCAAGUGCAGCCUGUUUCAAACCUCAUUACCAUGUAGCUACCGACGACUUCCUCUACCAGUAUAGCAACCUUCUGGUGCCUCACCCUUCAUCCUACCAAGAUGUUGCUCACUUGGUUCUUGAAGCUAGCUUCCCAGUUGGUAAUAAAUCCAAUUCCGAGGAGUCAGAUGACUAUCAACGCAGUCUAGCAGAAGAGCGCAGGAAGAGAAGGAUGAUAUCCAAUAGGGAGUCUGCCCGACGAUCACGCAUGAGAAAGCAGAAGCAGCUGAGCGAGCUCUGGGCGCAGGUUGUUCACCUCCGCAGCACCAACCGUCAACUCCUUGAUCAGUUAAACCAUGUCAUCAGAGACUGUGAUCGUGUCCUCCACGAAAACUCCCAGCUGAGAGAUGAACAAACCAAAUUGCAGCAGCAGCUAGAGAAGCUCCCUGUAGAGACCACAGAGAGUGGUGUCAUGAGUCCUGACUCUUGA